AUGGAUCAUAGAAAAAGAAAUGCUGCAUCAGAUCAAACUCAUUCCUCACUUCAAGAGGCUCUUUUAGUUGGCCCCAUAAAUCAGAUGGAUGCACGUGAAGGACCCGAGACAAAGUUCAUAUUCAAUGUUGGGUUAUGUCACUCAGACCAUGAGCAACAGGAGCUCAAGAAAAGCUCCCUGACCCUCCACUUCCGGCCCAAGCAUGCUAUAUUCUAUGAGAGCCUGAAUAUCUCUGUGAUCUCGGUACAAAAGGCUUUGCAUCCAAUCUAUGUGCGACGAGACCCCAGCCCCACCUAUGGACUCCGACAGUCUAUCUUACUGAACACCAGGCUUCAGGACUGCUAUGUGGACUCAUCAACUCUCACAAACAUCUGGACGGCCAGAAUGUGUGCGAAGCAGAACAUCAACACCACAGCACCAGGUACCACUUCUUCUUGGGAAGUUGUAAAGAACCCAUUAACUGCCAGUUCAUUCUCCCUGGUUAAGCUGGUGCUCAGGAGACAACUGAAGGAUAAAUGCCACCCAGUACCACACAAGUUUGGAGGAGCACCACCCUCGAAAAGAUUAAAGCCCAAGGAUGAUUCAGCAAUGAAAGCCACUCAGCAAGGCAGGAUAAGAAACUCCGUGAAUUCCAAGAGCAAGCAGCCCGUGGGGCAGCGUCUGGGCUCAUCUAGGCGCAGGAGGCCUGCAGGAGGAAUCAAUGAGAGUAAAGAAAGUUCAAAGGAGAAAAAAGUAACAGUCCGCCAAGAUCUUGAGAACAGAUAUGCUGAACAUUUGGCUGCCACCCAAGUGCUACCCCGGGACAUUGGGACAGCAGCCUGGAUGGCCCAGGCGUUGCUUCCUGAAGCCAGAAAGAGACAGCAGUUGUCGGACACCCUAACCAUCCACGGCCUCCCCACAGAGGGUUACCGGGCUCUGUACCACGCUGUGGUUGAGCCGAUGCUGUGGAAUCCUUCGGGGACCCCCAAAAGGUAUAGUUUGGAGCUGGGGAAGGCCAUCAAGCAAAAGCUCUGGGAGGCUCUGUGCAGCCAAGCUGCCAGCCUCGAAGGUGCUCAGAACCCGCUGCCAGGCACAAAGCGGUUAGAGGUCCAUGAGGAGCCUGUGCCCAAGAAAUGGCCCAAGUUAAAGAGGGAGAAAUAGAAACUGGAACUCACGGGAUUAGGAUACCCUCUGCUAGAUGUCUGAAAAAUAAACACCACUUUGCACCUUCCAUGUAAUCUCAGAUUGCUUUACAAAUUAGUAACUACCUUCUCUGGGAAAUAAAGACAAAUGGGUACAAGAUUCAGAGACUAAGGGCCCCUUUCCACUCUCAAGAGCAGGUAAUUUUGAGGGCUAGAUUUUUUUUUCCCCCCUAAAAGCACCU